AUGGACAUCACCUCAACUGAACCAGCCUCUGGGUCAACUUUGAGCGCUAGCUCCAAGCGGUCCCGAGCCUUCGAGCUCCUCCUCAGAGAAGCGAGGAACCUCAUCAGAGAUGAAGACCCUGGUCCCUUCACAUCGCCGGGAGCAUCAGCACAGCCUGCGGAGAAUUCAGCCUCGGCCAUCUUGCCUUCGGCUGACUCACAAGGCCGCCAUAUUUUGCUGGAGCAAAGCUCGCAAAUCCACGCUGCACCUGCAGAUCUUGAAGCGAAAAGCACCCACUUCUCGGAAAUAGCUUCGCCAACGCACCUUCCCUGUGCUGGUGGCAUUCCUGAGCCCUGUGCUGGUGGCAUUCCUGAAACGUGCACCGAAGGCUCAUCGCCCUCGCCCACUGCAGCUUCCGAGGAAAACACCCCCUCUACCUCUACCUCAGGCUCCCCCACUGACCUCACGUCAGAACAAAAGGAGGAACCCUUGAUCCUGACCGCUCCAACCGGCCCCCUUCCCUCUCACCCGCCUCUUUCUUCUGAGAACAAGAAGGAAGGGCACCCCAUUGAGAAAGGGAAAAAGACGGGUCAGCUGGUGCGCCCAAGCUGCGUCCUAGGAACCGUCCCAGCUGAUGGUUUCCCCGCCCUGGCUCCGAUAGACCCAUCGGGCGACACCCCCUUGUGCCGCCCGCUGGAUCCGACCAUCUCACGGCAGCCCAAGCGCCCCGAGACUGCCAACUCGUCUGCUCCUCCAGGCGGCGCAGCCAGCGCAGCGUCCAAGCCUGCACAGGGAGUGUGGAACUCCGUGCCGCAAUACGACACAGUUCUCUACCGCCCUGUAGGCAGACAAACCACCUUCAGGCAGGCCUCGCAAGAGGCGAUCUCUGCCUUCUUGGCUACGCUUGAGGGCGUAGAGCGAGUCCGAGUGAACUUCCUCAGGAAUGUUGCUGCUGUUGAUGUCCCUGCUGGAGCCGCUAUUGACUCCCUCCUCACCAUCGCGGAAAUCUGUGGUGUUGCGGUUCGUGCCCAGCAGGCUUCAAAAACACGUGCAGUGGGACAAUCUACAAUGUUGAUCCCGCCCUCGAUGAACUGGAAAUCCGAAACAACAUUUCGUCGAGUCAGCCAGUUCUCGAAUGUUCCCGCGCGGUCCCAAACAUCGUUGUGCGCUUCGCCGGCAAAAAGGCACCGCCGGACGUUGAGCUAUUCAAGCAACGUCGCCGCGUUCGCGCCCGACGCCCGCGCCCAGCCCAAUGUGACCACUGUGGCCGAUACGGUCACAUUGGCGUCACAUGCACUCAUGAACCACGCUGUGUACGUUGCGGUGGUCCCCACCCCCGUGCCGGGUGCGCAGCCGAGACUCCCAAAUGUUUUUACUGCGGCGGCCCCCAUCCAGCCACUGAACCACGCUGCCCCCGAUGGCAAGAAGAGCGUCGACUCCUCGAGGUGCGCGCUGAGGCGGCUCUGCCCAUAUCGCGAAGCGAGGCACUCGCCAUUGCGCGCGCCUCCACCUGGCGUCCCUACGCCUCCCGGCACGUGCACGAGUGACAAGCAGGACUCCAUCAUCGCCGUCCUAGCAGCGGCACUAAAAUCUGCUAUGGACUUCCUGCCUACCGGCUGCCCCAUCCGCCCGCUCUGCGCUGCAGCGCUGGCCACUCACCUGGCCCUCAUCGAUGAUGACGAGUGUUAA